AUGGAUCGUUCAGAAACCCAGGAAAGGGAUUUAAGUGCUGUGGCUGCUUCUGAGAUUUUCAACAACAUUGCCAGUGCACCAGUCCAUAUUUCACAUAAUGGUGAGGCUAGAAGCUAUGCAGUUAUACAUCUGCCUUCAUGUUCUCCUGAGCAGCUGAAUAAGGUUGAAGACUUUUGGUCAGUUCUGAAAAAUUCAGUCAAACAAAUUGUGGGUGAUACAAUCAUUUUAAGUCUUAAUUUGUUCGGGCACGGAGAUUUACUCCUUGUUCCUAUUUUUUUCUUUAUCUUUUACAAGCCUAUGUUAAUCUGCUCUUUGAAUGACAUGAGUUACUUUAGUGUGAUUCUUAAAGACAGUGCCCAUUUUGAAAUGGCUUAA